UCGUCAGUUUCCCUUCAAUCGGUCCUGAGGUCAGACUGGAGGAGUCUCUCUGCUCCACCACAGCAAUGCUGCUCUUCACUCUCAUGUCUCUCUCUAUAAGCCUUGUGAAGGCAGAUCAGAAGAGACCUUUGGACCUCGGCGAGACCCUCGUGGCUCAUGUGGCCCUGGGCCAAUUAACUUUAAGUGAAAUGUUCAAGGAGGUGGAAAAGCUGAUGGAGGACACGCAGCAGAAACUAGAAGAAGCCGUGCAUCAGAUGGUGAAUGAAACCUCCAGGUCUCUAUACGGACACCGUCUGCCUUUUGGCCACCACAGUCUCAACGGGGCCGGAGCCAAGGACUCAGAGGGCGAGUCAGGAGAUACACUUUCCUCUGCACCUUUCAUUCAGGAGAGCCGUUGGAACGAGAUGGACCAUGAAUGUCUGAUUGAUGAAGACUGUGAGGAGGACAGCUUCUGUCUUUACAAUAUCAGCAGCUCCAGAUGUGUCUUGUGUAAAUCCACAAACAUGGAGUGUGUGAAGGAUGAGGAGUGCUGUGGAGAACAGCUGUGUGUGUGGGGUGUGUGCAUGCAGAACAAAACCCGAGGAGGUUCAGGGACCAUCUGUCAGUACCAGAACGACUGCAGCCCCCUGCACUGCUGCGCCGUACACAAAGCGUUGCUGUAUCCGGUGUGCAGGCCGCGGCCUCUGGAGGGUCAGAGCUGUCACGAGCAGCCAAACGAGCUGCUGGAGCUGCUGAUGUGGGACGAUGAGGCUCCUCAUGAACACUGUCCAUGUGCUGCAGGUCUACAGUGCCAGCCACUGGGUCGCGAGUCCCUGUGCUUGAUGAAGAACCUGAGGGAUUUCCAUUAACCGCUUCAAAGAAGCAGGACAGCGACUGACAUCUUAUUUAAAAUGCUCCACUUAUUUGAUGUUUGUCAGGUUAUAUGUAGGUAUAUGUAUAUAACGUGUGUAUGUUAUGUUAUAUUUGUAUAUAACUGCUUCAGUUUCAGUUGCUCGAUUGUGCAUGCUAUAUACACCAACUACAGUCCUGUGCGAAAGUCUUAGGCACUCUUUUUUUUUUUCCCAUACCAACUUUGUUAUAGAUUUCUAUUUUAUGACUUCUACAUUAUCAAGUCAAAACAUUACAAAAACUUUUUAGAGGUCGUUUUAUUUCCAGCACAAAAUUAAAUGCUACAGAAAAAAAAAGUUUGUAUCUGAGCAGCAUAUUACACUUUUAAGAGACGACUUUUCAGAUGAAAAAAGAAAGGCUGCUGGGUUUUGGGGCAAAAUGAAGAAGUGAGUGUGACAAAGUGUCCAGAAGAACUGCGGCUGGUUCUGGAAGAUGCUCAGUAAAACCUACAGCUCAUCUCCUUAUCAAACUCCACUCGCUGGACCUCAGACUACUUUUUUUUUUUUUUUAACCCAAAGGGUCGUCACACCAAAUAUCGACUUUGUUUCAUUUAUUAUGGCUUACUGCUUCCUGUUUAUAGUAUUUUUAAAAUAUUGAAACAUUUAAUUUCACUAUUUUUACAUGUGCCAAAGCCUUUUGCACUGUACUGUCCUGGAUAUUUCAUCUAGAAAUGUGGGGGUGCAUCAGUCGCCCCGUAAAAAUUAAAAGUUCCUCCGAUCAUGAUGCGUUUUUUUAUGUUCCUUUUGGUAAGAAAACACACUGGGUGAAAUAUUUUGACAAAAUUCAAAAGUUUAAUGGUGGCACCAGGAGCUCAAAGUUAUGGAAAAAGCUGCUAUUUUAUGACUUCUCAUCUCAUCUCAUUACCUGUAGCCGCUUUAUCCUGUUCUACAGGGUCGCAGGCAAGCUGGAGCCUAUCCCAGCUGACUACGGGCGAAAGGCGGGGUACACCC